ACCUACCCCUUCCAGGCGCCCGGCUCCCGCUUUCAUGACCGUCAAAACAGACAUUGCUUGGAAAAGAAACGGAUGAAGGAGAGGUAAGGAGCUUUCUCCAAUGGAGUCCGUGUCUCUUUCAAGAAUACCCCUCAUCGCCUCCUCCAAACCGCUCAAACCCUCCCCAGAUUAUCGCCACCUCCGUCUUCCCUUCCCACUAUACUCCUCCUCCUUGAAAGCCCAAUGCUUUGGGAGUCUCGACUCUCGGAGGUCCCUCGAUCUCUUCUCCAUCUCCUUCGGUGGGAAUAUACUCCGGAGCUCACCCACGGCUCCGGUGUCGAGUAGAUUCGCCUCCAUCUCGAACUCCGCAGCCUUCUCGGGUUCUGGCGGUGGAGGCGACGGGCCCCCUGGAGGCGGCGGCGGUGGGGGCGGCGGCGACUACGGAUCGAGUGGUGGGGAGGUGGUGGUGAAGUCCGUUGCGGAGGAGUCCGAAGAGGUUCCGGUUUUGGGGCCUGACGUGAUCGUUCUCCACGUCGGAGGAAUGUCUUGUGGUGGAUGCGCUGCAAGCGUGAAACGAAUCUUAGAAAGUCAACCUCAAGUGUCUUCUGCCACUGUUAGUCUUGAGACAGAAACGGCAUACGUGCGGCCUGUCCCUGAAGUCAAGGUUACACAGGAUUGGCAGCAGCAGUUAGGAGAGAAACUAGCAACCCAUUUGACCACUUGUGGAUUUAAGUCUGGGCUUAAAGUUGGAGAGAUUCAAUCUGAGGGAUGAUAGCGAUGAAAAGUUGAACUUUGCUUAGCUUCUUCAUAAUUAAAAUGAUGUUGGAGGCAGUUGAUGGACUCAACAAAGGAGUUGCAGUCUGGCUUGGAGUUUUAUUAUCAUAAAUUUCCUCUUUGUCAUUCAUUUACUUGAGCUGUUACCUUGCAUUGAAGACUUAAAAUGGAUCUGAUUUACUUGGAGUUUUACUAGUGCUGCUACUCAGCUUCUUGCAAUAACUUAUUUAACAGUAGAAUGCUUCAUAUGCCGUGUCUGGAAAAUUUACUCCUUGACAUGCUUUAAAGGUAUGGUAUACAGUUACUGCUUGAUUAUAUUAUCCAGAUAAGUUCCCAGAUUGAUGAGUUGCUAUGUUGUAGUUGGUUAAGUGGUUCUUGAUUUUUCCUAUACCAAUAAAACAGACUUAAACAAUAAUGUCGCGAUUGAUUAUGGUAAAAUCAAUGAUAUUAUUGAGGAAUGGGUAUAAUGGAGAAAUUAUAGAAGCUGCAUCAACCAAAGAUCAAACUGGACAUGUUAAAAAAAUAAGAAAAAAGAAAAAAAAGAGAGAUUAAGAAAUGGAGGCAAAGACCUGAACUAACAUUGAUGGAAGUUGAAACGGAAUCGGAAAACCUUGUGAUAAAUAGGAUAACUGACACAGAGGAUUCACAAAUAAAGAAUGAUAACUAUAAUUAAUCUUCACCAGGUUUGUCCAGACAAGCGAUAAAAGUAGGCAUGGUAAAUUAUCCAAUCUUCCAUUAUAUAUCAAGGCUGUAACUGGACAUAGCGGAUUGUUAAAAAAUUAAGCAUACCUGGAGAAUCUGGUAUCUGCUAAUGGACCAUCUGGCUAGUUAGUUUCCUGUAUUGCGAUGUUAUUAAGUAUAUUUUUCACUCGUCAUUUAGCCCACUUGAUUCUGUAUAUCUCUCAAAAUAUGAUGGGCACACCUCCACAAGGGGCUCGGAUCUUGAACCUCUCCCAGUUGGAGAGGGUUGUCAACUACCUUAGCUCAGGCUGGUUGGCUACAGUCUCUCAUCAGUCAUCACCUUCUUUCAUACACAUGAUUGCUGCUGAUUCUUGAUUAUGUGAUGAGGGUCUUGCUAAACUCCUUGAAUUAACUGCAUAAUUGAAAUAUAAAGAACCUGCAACGCCUCAAAAACUCAAAUUGGUUAUUGGAUCUUGGUCUUAGAUCCUUCUCUUCAAUCCACAUCAUAUUUUUCUCUUUAUUAGUGAUCAUAGAUGUAUUAUUCAAUUAGUUCAGAUUACUAAAAAGAAAAAUGUGUGAAUCAAGAGAAACAGUUUCGAGGUAACAGACCACAAAGAACUAAUAGGUCAGCAAAGCAAUUGAAAUAAAUCAAUUAUUGAGGAAUUUACAGGUUUGCACACUUCCAACUUUCAGACUGUUUCUGAAAGAGUGAUAUUGCUAAAUAACGGGGCAAUACUUUAUUUGUCAUGCCGUGCUUCUGGCAUUAAGAAAUAGAACCGUCUUAAAAACCAGUACAUAGUUCUUGACUAAAGUUAUAUAAGAUUGGAUACGUCAUCCAGUUUUGUUUGGUGUCAGACCUACAUAACUUGGAACUGGUUCCAAAAACUCAACGAAGUUGUCGGACAAAAUUAGAUCCCAUCCGAUAAAAAGGCUUACGUUUAUACUUGAUACAAAGCCGAAAAACAUCCUCGCUGUAAGCGACAGGCUUGCUGCAAGAGAGGCGUGAGAACAUCUAAGCAGGACCAACAGUCUGCAAUCGUAGCAAUGUAUUAGACUCCAGUUGUAGCUGCUAAGGUACUUGUCCUUCAAUAGCAACAAAGCCACGCAACAUUACCGUCAAAAAAAAAAAAAAACAAAAAAGCAAAAAG